CCAGUUGCCGGUCGCCGCCGACCUCCCGGGACUCUCGGACGAGAGGCAGGAGCGCCGCCGCCGGGAAAGGACGUGCCGGGGGACGGGGGCGGCGCGUGCCGCGGACACUCCCCGCCGGGAGCCCGCCCGCUCGCUCGCCCGCCCGCCCGCCAGCCAGCCAGCCAGCCAGCCAUGGACGCGGAGUACUACGGCGGCGACCCGUCAGAUGAUGGCGGUGCUACUCCAGUACAGGAUGAGCGGGAUUCGGGGUCAGACGGUGAGGAUGAUGUCAAUGAGCAGCACUCCGGAUCCGACACUGGAAGUGUAGAGCGGCAUUCAGAGAAUGAAACUAGUGACAGAGAAGAUGGCUUGAACAAGAAACAAAAUGGAACAGACUCUGAGAAUGAUGAGCCCUAUAAACUUACUGCUAGUGACUCUGAGAGUGAGGAACUCCACAGGACAAAGGACAGUGACUCUGAGUCUGAGGACCAUGCAGAGUCUCCUGCCAGUGAUUCUGAAAAUGAAGAUGUCAACCAGCAUGGGAGUGACUCUGAGAAUGAGGAGCUUCUCAAUGGGCAUGCAAGUGACUCAGAAAAAGAAGAGGUUAGAAAGCAUGCUGCCAGUGACUCUGAAGCUGAGGACACGCUGCAGCCUCAGGGGAGCGAGUCUGACAGUGAAGAUCCCCCAAGGCCCCGGGCCAGUGACUCGGAAAAUGAGGAACCUCCCAAACCUCGUGUAAGUGAUUCGGAAAGUGAGGAGCUCUCCAAACCUCGGAUUAGCGACUCGGAAAGCGAGGAGCCUCCUAGGCCACAGGCCAGCGACUCGGAAAGUGAGGAGCUCCCCAAACCCCGAGUUAGUGACUCGGAAAGUGAAGAGCUCCCCAAACCCCGAGUCAGUGACUCGGAAAGCGAGGAGCCUCCCAGACCACAGGCCAGUGACUCGGAAAGCGAGGAGCUCCCCAAACCCCGAGUUAGUGACUCAGAAAGCGAGGAGCCUCCUAGGCCACAGGCCAGUGACUCGGAAAGCGAGGAGCUCCCCAAACCCCGAGUCAGUGACUCAGAAAGCGAGGAGCCUCAGAAAGGACCCGCUAGUGACUCGGAAGCUGAGGAUGCCUCCAGACCCAAAGACAAGCCAGAGUCGGAUGAUAGUGAUGGAGAGAAUAAGAGGGAAGAAAUGCAGAAUGAGUCAGGGGGCCAGACAGACAGAAAAAGACUGCACAGCUCUGACAGUGAGGAGGAGGAAGAGCCAAAGAGGCCGAGAAUGGGUAGUGAUGAAGAUGAAGAGAAGGAGGGGGGCGAGGAGAAAGCCACCAAGAGGAAGGCGGCUGUGCUCUCGGACAGUGAAGACGAAGACAAAGCAUUGGCAAAGAAGAGUCGAGUUGUCUCUGAUGCUGACGACUCUGACAGUGACGUCGUAUCAGACAAGUCAAGCAGAAGAGAGAAGACAGCACCUGACAGUGAGGAAGGAGCAGGGAGGGAAGACUCGUCUGUGAAGAAGAGUGACGAGAAGGACCUGUUUGGGAGCGACAGUGAAUCGGGCAAUGAAGAAGAAAAUCUUAUUGCAGAUAUAUUUGGAGAAUCUGGUGAUGAAGAGGAAGAGGAAUUUACAGGUUUUAACCAAGAAGAUUUGGAGGAAGAGAAGAGCGAAACCCAGCUAAAGGAAGCAGAAGAUUCCGACUCUGACGAUAACAUAAAGAGAGGAAAGCAUAUGGACUUUCUGUCGGAUUUUGAGAUGAUGUUACAACGAAAAAAGAGCAUGAGUGGCAAACGCAGACGGAAUCGAGAUGGGGGCACUUUCAUUAGUGACGCAGACGACGUUGUGAGCGCCAUGAUUGUGAAGAUGAACGAGGCUGCGGAGGAAGACAGACAAUUGAAUAAUCAAAAAAAACCAGCACUGAAGAAAUUAACUUUAUUGCCUACUGUGGUUAUGCACCUUAAAAAGCAGGACCUUAAAGAAACAUUUAUUGACAGCGGUGUGAUGUCUGCCAUUAAAGAAUGGCUCUCACCUCUACCAGAUAGGAGUUUGCCUGCACUGAAGAUUCGGGAGGAAUUGUUGAAGAUUCUACAAGAGCUCCCUAGUGUGAGCCAGGAGACCCUGAAGCACAGUGGGAUUGGACGAGCAGUGAUGUAUCUGUAUAAACACCCCAAGGAGUCCAGGUCCAACAAGGACAUGGCAGGGAAAUUAAUCAAUGAGUGGUCUCGGCCUAUAUUUGGUCUUACCUCAAACUAUAAAGGAAUGACAAGAGAAGAAAGGGAGCAGAGAGAUCUAGAACAAAUGCCUCAGCGAAGAAGAAUGAGCAGCACUGGUGGUCAGACACCACGAAGAGACUUGGAGAAGGUGCUGACAGGAGAGGAAAAGGCUCUUAGACCUGGAGAUCCUGGCUUUUGUGCCCGUGCUCGAGUCCCAAUGCCGUCAAACAAGGACUAUGUGGUCAGGCCCAAGUGGAAUGUAGAAAUGGAGUCGUCCAGGCCUGGUGUUCUUAAAAGGGGCCUAAGUCGGUUGGAAAAGCAUAAGAGGCGAUUUGCAGAACAGAAGAGGCUCAGCAAAAUGCACCGUGCUGUCAAGUUCAGCAUUGAAGGCAACAGAAUGCCCCUGUAGUCCUGGCCCUGCCAGAGUGUAUACAAGAGGUAUUCCCAAGGAAGCAUGAGCUGUGCAUGGGUUUGAGUUGCCAGCAGAGUGGAAACUAGUGUGUGCUUUCUUAGGCAGGAAAGGCCUGGCCUCAAUUCAGCUUCUGAAUUGAUUCUGGCCAGCAUUAGACCUCUGAAUCCUUAGGACAGCUUCUGAAUUAAUGAUUCUGGCCAGCAUUAGCCCUCUGAAUCUUAGGACAGCUUCUGAAUUAAUGAUUCUGGCCAACAUUAGACCUCUGAAUCCUUAGGACAGCUUCUGAAUUAAUGAUUCUGGCCGGCAUUAGACCUCUGAAUCUUAGGACAGCUUCUGAAUUAAUGAUUCUGGCCAGCAUUAGACCUCUGAAUCUUAGGAGUUGGCACUGAGGUCCCCUUCUAUGUCAGUAUCCUAGACGCUGAUCACUACUUUCCCAAUAAAAAAUUUGUUUUUCCAAUUUUUUUUUUUUUGAGACAAGCUUUCUCUCUAUAGUUAUGGUCAUCCUGGAACUCACUCUGUGGACCAGGCUAGCCUCCUACUCAUAGAGAUCCACCUGCCUCUGUCUCCUGAGUACUGGGAUUAAAGGAGUGUACCACCCUGCCUGGCUGAAAAUCAGAGGCUUUUUUAUUUGGGCAAAGAAUCAUAGUCUGCAUUGCAGACAUACAAACUACUUAGUGGUUUGUUUGUGAACAGGAAGUAACUUUUUUCCUGUAGUCCAUGACAUGGUAGCAUUUAUCAAGAAUUCAUAUAUAAAACCUUUUACUGGGUGUGUUGAUGUAUGUAACAGGUCUUCAUCACCUGGUGGUACCACACAGUAAGAUCAGAUCAGGAGUGACACCUUGCUGCUGGGUGCAGUGUCUGUUAGAGCUGCCUUUUGUCUUCUCCCUCAGCUUCUUCAGCACACUCCUGUCCCUGCUACUGCUGUGCUGUGCAGUCAACUACCGAGACUAGAUAAAUAAAGGCUUCAUCUUGUGCAGAAGGCAUCUUCCUCCACGUGUACUUCCUUUUUUUCUGGUUUCUUCCAUGUCUAAGUCAAUGUCCACUUCUCCUCGGUCCCUUUAUUACCCUUUUCUUUUUCAGCUUCCUUAUGCUCUCUCACUGUAUCCUCCCUCAUUGAGAUGCCUCACUCACAUUUCCUUUCCUAGCGCUUCUGCUUCUAAAAAUUGGAAAUGAAGUGUAACAGAAGUUGGUUGGCCAGUCUAUUCCAGAAACACACUCCGUGUUUCUAGGGACUGUGUGCCCACCUACUGUUAUUGCUGGCUAUGAACCCAUGUUCUGGGGGUAGGAGAGCUAGCUGUCAUUUUUAUUCAAUAUAAGGGAAAACUCCCUUCCUGUAUUUCCAGUCAUAAUUUGCUGAUAUUUAUGUAAGCUGUCAAAAUAUGUGUCAGCCAGACUGGCAUAUCAUUUCUUCAUUUUUUAUUAAUCCACAUGGAAGACUUAUCAUUUUUUAAGUGUAAUAGUCUUUGUGAUUUAUGUAAAUAUAUACUAAUUUGUUUAUUUCUGAUUUUUAAAAUGUAUUUAUUUUGAGAGGCAAAAUUUUGGAUAGUCCAAAAUUUGCUAUGUAAAUCACACUAGCUUCAAACUCACAGAGAUCCAUCUGCCUCUGAAUGCUGGGGUUUUAAAAAAAAAAAAGUAGUAAAAUGGUGGAGGCAGUGCAUAUUUUUGUAUAAAGUAUUAAAAUACAGACAUUACAGAUGAAAGUAAUAUAACUCAUAUUCUUCACUAUAAGAACACUAACAUUUUAAAUUAUAAGUUUUUGCUCCUUUUUAUGCAUGCAUGCAUGAAUAAUAUCCUUUUUAAAAUUUUUCAGUCUGCAGUGUGAUCAUACUCUUAUAACAUGAGCUUGAUGAUUUGGUAUUAACAUGGUAAAAUUUCACUUGACUCCCAUUUUUAAUGAUUUAAAGUGUUAUCGUAUGGUUGCACACCUCCUUGUGUUUGCUCUGUUUUGUUGAGCACACACUUCUUGCUAGUCUUCUGCAGGCUUUUUUUUUUCCUCUCCUUUUUCAUGAUAAAACAUUAUGGCUUUCCUAUUGUCCAAAGAAAUGUUAUAGAAUUGAUGAAUUGGGAAAUGAAGAUCAUUGAUUUUGGCAUGUUAGAUACUGUAUGUGUGUGAUGAAACUUAGAUCAUAGAGCAACUUGCAGGCUGCAUAUGCAGUGAGCAGGAGUCAUCUGGGUUAGCCCGGGAAAUGUCCCUGGGUCUGAUUGCAAACAGAUCCUGUAGGGUUCAGACUGUUAAGAUCCUGGGAAUGAGCAAAGAAAAGUUCAGCUUGACAUAUAGAGCUUCAGAGAAUUUGGUGAUUGUGAGGGAUUUGAGCAGUAAGGCCUCCACCAACUCCUAUACAAAAAUGAAAUGAAGGCUAAGCUAAUACAAUACAACUGUUUCUCAUACGACAGUGAAUUUUUAUGCUGAGAGUACUAGUACAAGUAUUGAAUAAUGUUCGGAAUUGAGAUAUCCCUAGAAAACUUCAAAAAUGCCAUAGAAAGCUUGUUCCCUGGCUAGUGAUGAAAGCACAUCCUAGGAGGGUGGGAGUGAGGCUCAUAGUGCACAACUUCAGGACAGUCUCUAGCUUGCCUUCUUUAGUGUUCUUGAGGCUAUAGCUCUGGAGGUGACUGAGGAGUAAAUAUUUGGGGAGAAAUGAAAGAAAAGCACCUGUCUCUGAUCAUUCACAUUCUUUUCACUUUUUAAUAUUGAAUUUGUUCUUUGACAAUUUCAUGUGUUUACAGUGUGUCUUCCUAUCUCUGCCGCACAUCCCCUUAUCCUUCUGGGUACCCAUACACCUUUCCUACUUUAUAUCUUCUUAUGUAGGUUUUUGGUCUGGGUUUUUAGUUUACUUGUGUUUGUGCAUGCGCUUGUAUAUGUAUGGGUGUAUAUACCACAGUGUGUCUAUGGGUGUCAGAGUAGAACUCAUAGGAAUUAGUUCUCUGCUUCUACCAUGUAAGUUCUGGGAAUCAAAUUCAGGACAUCAGGCUUAGCAAAAAGUAACUUUACCCACUGAGCCUGGCCACUAUCCCCUGUUUAUAGUUUUUGUAAUUCAUUGAGUCCAGUCUAUGCUGCCUGCUGGAAUAUUGACUGAUCUGUUGACUUAACCAUAGCUGCAGUGAGCUCAUGAGUACAACCAUGUCAUGCCCCAAAGACAGGAUUUUACAGCAUUCCUCCCCAUGCUUUGACAUUCUUUCCAGCCCCUCUUACUCUGUGUUCCCUGAGCCUUCGGGGUGUUGAUAACAGCUCUCCCAUUUAUGCCUAACAAUUGAACAGUCACUUAUUCUCAGCAUUUUGACUAGUUAUGAGUCGCUACAUUAACUAUUGUCCACUGUAGGAAGAAGUUUGUCUGACCAAGACUGAGAGCAGGACUAAUGUUAUGAGUAUCACCAUGGAUGUUUGAAGGCACUUUGACAACAUGACAGCAUAGCAAUACAAUAGUAGUAGAUUCCCCUCCUGAGGCCUCCUAAGCUGUGGAUUUUGGUCAGGUUUACAGUACCAGUCAUGAAUUCUCUUCUGUAGACCAAGCCUCACAUGGAAAGUGGUUUAUUAUCUCCAUAAUAGUCAUACCAAUAUUGCACCAGUGCAUACAUCUUGCUUGGCAAGUCAGUAUGGUAGUGUUUACUGCUGGGUAGUACUAUUGAUGACUAUUUCUCCUCCUUCCUCACUGCUCUGUACCCCAGCACAGUCUACAUAGUAAUUUAGCCAGCAGGGAAGGUCACUCAUUAUUUUAGUUGCUGUUCUUUUGUGAAGAGAUAAAAUGACCCAGGCAACUCUUGAAAAGAAGGCUAUUAAUUAGGGGCUUGCUACAGUUUCAGAGGGUUAGUCAGGUUUUUUAUCAUCAUAGGGGUGGCAUGGUGGCAUUCCUGGCACUGAAAAUCAGCAUUGAGGGCAAUAAAAUGCCAUUGUGACCUUGCCUGGGAUGUGUCCCCAUCUCUAAAACAUAGUUGAGAGUUAUAGCCUGAGGCAGAAUGAGAGAAAAACUUGACCUGGCAUGAGCUUUUGAAACCUCAGAACCCACCUGCAGUGACACACUUCCUCCAAUAAGGCCACGCCUCCUAGUCCUUAUAAUCUCUUCAAACAGUUUCACUUCCUGGUGAGCAAGCAUUCAAGUACAUGGAAGUCUGGGUGUCACUCUCAUUCCAACCACCACACUCACUAUUCUCAGUUUCUGAAUUCUUAGCUGCAGUCAGCAAGAACUCACAUUGGUCUUUGACAUCAGUGACAGACUUUUCCAGAUUUAUUUUAUAAAAGCUGUCAGUUCCUUGGGAACCACAUCUUUAUAAGACAUGCAUUACUAAAGAUAUUCUUUAAAUACUUGGUUUUAACAAAGUAAAACAAUAACAAAAAAGACGAACCUUUAACUGUAAAAGCAAGUGGGAGAUAUCCUAGUAGUAGUAGUGACCACCAGGUAUAGUUUAAUAGAAUUCUGGAUCCUGCUGAAGCAGAGCAGAGACUCACCCAAGGCUGAUUCUAGAAUUUUAGUUGGUUAUGUUUAAAAGUCUAAUGGCUUUUCAUUGUUUUGUGUUUUUUAGUACCAGCACUGUUUGAAAUUGUAUGUCAAGUAGUUAGCCCCAUAUAGUCAGAUGUCUGUGAUGAAAUUGGGAAGCUUAUAGUUUCUGUAUGUCCCCCUUCUGUCAUCUAGGAAGUUUCUAUGGUCUGUAACAAAACAAUAACCAGCUGUCUCGUCACUGAGAAGUCUAUAAUGUUUUCUAACACUUGCUCUGUCCUUGUGGUCAUUCUGGUAUAUUCUGGUUAUUAUUAAGCUUCAAGCUCUUCUGACUGCUAGAUUUACAUAUUUCAAUGAUUUGUUCUUCAAUUUUCCCCAAUCUUAGUUUCAGGCAACCUCCAAGAAAGGUAUCAGUCGCCUGGAUAAACAGAUGAGAAAGUUCACAGAUAUCAG